CACCGCAACUCGCCGAAAGGAGCAAAUACUUCCGAGUCCACCCGCCCUCGCGACGACCCGUCACAAGCUCGCGACAGUCAACGUCGUCAUCGGUUUGCGCAGAUCUGCAGUUCCUGCCUGCGCGCCCCGAGGUUUAUCAGCCCGUGUCGCGAAUCAUCAAGUCACAAAUACAACCGAGUCGUCACCCUAGUGAACCGCCAAAAUGUCGGGCGAGGCGUGGUUAUACCUGUUCGCCGUCAUCAUAAAUGCGGUCAACCUCUUCCUUCAGGUGUUUUUCACCAUCAUGUACAGCGAUCUGGAAUGCGACUACAUCAACCCCAUCGACCUCUGCAACCGCCUCAACACGUACAUCAUCCCCGAAGUCGCCGUCCACGGAUUCCUGACGUUCUUGUUCCUGAUCAACGGAUACUGGCUUCCGCUGAUCCUCAACCUGCCGCUCCUUGGAUACAACGUGAAGAAGAUUGUCGACAACACCCAUCUCCUGGACGCGACCGAGAUCUUCAGGAAGCUGAACGUGCACAAGAAGGAAUCCUUCACCAAGCUCGGUUUCCACCUCAUCCUGUUCUUCUUCUAUCUGUACAGCAUGAUCGUCGCCCUGAUCAAGGACGAGGCCCACUAGGUGUCCUCUGAACUUGCCUUAUUCGUCCAAGAGGGUUCUUUGCGACUACGGUCUCGAGAAAAUUCUGGCAUGUUGGCAACGGAACGACGCAUCGACUUCG